AGGAUGGCGAGGACGCAAAGAGAGCUGUGGCUUUAGCCGGCGCUAGCUAACACUGACGCUCCAGUCAGGUCACCACCGUGGGACACCACGUCUCCUGACAGAGAGAGAGAUUACCUGGCUAACCUCAGAGCCCCUGCCCACUGACGGAACGGACCAGCACAGCACCACACCUCCCUGCCACCCCACCGUGGCCUGCUAACAAGACGUCCAGACCCGAUACAACAACGGUUGGUCGUUAUCGACUGUAGAGAGGGCUGACGACGGCUCUGGCACCACUUCAGCCACGAGGACAUGGCUUCCAACAGCAUCUUUGACUGCUUCGGGAACUACGGCCCCACUCUACUGAGAGACCCUACCACCACCAGACGGUUCACACCGCCCUCCACGUCGUUCCCCUGCAGCAAGAUUGGAGACGGCAGCGGGACCAUGGGCACCCCUGGACCGCUGAGGACACGACCCGAGGCCAGGAAUGUGGUGGACGUCCUGUCAGACCACGCUGGCGAACUGGUCCGGACGGACAGCCCAAACUUCCUCUGCUCCGUGCUGCCCUCACACUGGAGGUGCAACAAGACACUCCCUGUGGCUUUCAAGGUUGUCGCACUCGGUGAUGUGCCCGACGGGACUUUGGUCACAGUGAUGGCGGGGAACGACGAGAACUACUCAGCGGAGCUUCGGAACGCGUCUGCGGUGAUGAAGAACCAGGUCGCCCGCUUUAACGACCUGCGGUUCGUGGGCAGGAGCGGACGAGGAAAGAGCUUCACUCUAACCAUCACAGUCUUCACCGGUCCUCCUCAGGUGGCCACCUACCACCGUGCCAUUAAAGUGACUGUGGAUGGGCCCAGGGAACCCAGACGUGAGUACUUACAGGGACACAGGGUGAAGAUGGAGGACCCCCAGAAGAUGCAGUUCUCUGAUAGGCUGACAGAGAUUGAGCGCUACCAGCGGGCCAGCCUGAGGAUGGGGCCUGGUAACCCCCAGCCCCGGCCCAUGCACCAGAGCCACCUGGGGCCCUCUACCCAGUCCCAGAUACAAGCCCUGUGGUCUGACCAGAUUGACCCACCAACUCUGAAGACAUGCAAGGUGGAGGACGACCUCAGAUGGUCAAGUCCCACCGCUGACCUCUUCCCCCAGAGGACCACCUUCCCUUCUCUGUCCCCGCUGACCGACCCCCGUUUCUCAGACCCACGUAUGCACUACCCAGGGGCCUUCACCUACUCAGCCAACCCCUCCAGCACGGGCAUCGGAGGCCUCAGUGUGACAGGCAUGUCCGCCUCCUCCCGCUACCACACCUACCUGCCCCCGCCCUACCCUGGAAACCAGAACCAGGGCAGCCACUUCCAGUCCAACUCCUCCCCCUACCACCUGUACUAUGGCACCGGGUCCGGCUCCUACCAGUUCUCCAUGGUGGGCCCGGCCGGGACCGGGGGUGAGCGUUCCCCCACCCGCCUGCUGCCUUGCUCUGGAAUCUCAGCCUCUGGAGGGGGCAACAGCCUGAUGAACCAGGGCCUGAACAACCAGAGCGAGGGGGUGGAGGCAGACGGCAGCCACAGCAACUCCCCCACGGCCAUGAGCGGCUCUGGACGCAUGGACGAGUCUGUCUGGAGGCCUUAUUGACUGUCAGACAGCUAGAGGAAAUGCAGGAGAAAGAAGAGAGAGUAAAGAAGAUGAACGAACAAAAAAAGAUGAAUCCUCCCCCAAAAAGAAAUGCUGCAUGUUUGUAUUUUAUUUCUCGCGCACUCGCUUCGUACCCUUUUCCUAGUUGACCAAAGACAUUCACUGUCUGUCAGGAUGCCAUGGCCAGAGAUUGCCUUUAUGCAAGCCAUGGGUAUAUCCUGCACUGUGACAGGGACUACUCUCUGAGGCUCUGAAACCAUACAAAUCUCAUGCUUUUCAAUUGAUGAGUAAGAAAUGCAAAAUAACUGUAAAUAGAUGUUAUGGUGUUACAACAAAAAGCCAUAGUAAUAUAUCAGGAUCUUUUGAAAAACAGGUACAUGCAUACCAAAGACUAUGAAUGGCAAAACCUUCAUAGCCAUUCACUCUAUGCAGCUGAUGAACUGAAAAAAUGCUAGUGCUAUUGUGGUUAACUAGCCAACACGACCAAAAUGAUCCUUUUCCCUCAGAUGACAGUACCUUUCUUGGCAUUACAAGCUAAGCAUCCAGACCAGUGACUGUACUGCCUCAACGGCCUUUCACUGUCAGGUGAUAAUAGAGGUCAAAUAUGAUGUUUGCUUCACGAGUGUCUCAGAAACUGCCCUAGAUGGCUUGUGGCUGUAUUGCUAAUGUAACAUAACAGUUGAUUCUGAAGCUUUUAUUUUGUGUGAGGUUUGGAGAUUCACCCUUCAGUCCAUGAAACGUCAUUAAAAACAAUACAUGGUCUCAAAGUAAUUCUGCAUUGCUUGACAAUUUAAUGUACUAUUAUGUACUGAUGUCUGAGUGAAGCUCCCCUGUAAAGUUGUUAAUGUAUUGAUAAUCUAUGCAGUAGAAUAGCUGAUAUUUUGAAGACUGUACAGGACAUUAGCAGAUUUUUUUUUUUUUUU